AUGUUUACGGUAGAAUUGAUUCUAUUAGCUUUAAUAGGUUUAAUUGGUAUAAUAUUUAAUUGGCUUUUAAUAUUAGCUAUUCAACGAAAAACUUAUCAUUAUCAAGAAUCUUAUCGAACUCCAACACCUGUAACAAAUAUGUCAUUAUUACGAGCAAAUUCAUCAAUAAGUUGUCAAAUAAUUCGACCACCAUUAUUACCAUCAUUACGUUCAUCAAUAUCAACAUUUGAUAAAUAUAUUUUAGCAUUUUUAAUAAAUGAUAUAUUUGUUUGUAAUUUUAUUAUACCAUUACGGCUUAUUGAUAUAUAUCAAGGUUUACCAUGUGCAUUUUUUUGUUUUAUAUUAAAAUUUUUUGAAAAAUUAACAACAAUUAUUGAAAUAAUUAUUAUUAAUCUACUUUUAGUAACAUCAUUAGUAUAUUUUUGUAAAAAACAUUUCGCAACAACAAAAUUAUAUUUUUUAUGUCUCGUUAUAAUGACACCAUUAAUUAUUAUUUAUUUAACAACAACAUUAACACAUCUUGAUAUAAAUGAAUAUGAAUAUGAACAACGUCCACCAUCAUGUAAACAAACAUUUAUUUAUAUUAAUAAAACAACAUAUAAAAUUUUAAAUAUUAUUUGUUGUUUAAUAACAUAUGUAAUUAUUUUUAUACAAUUUAUAUUAUUAAUUAGAAUGAAAUUUGCAAUUAAAAAAUAUAAACAAAAUAGUUUAAAAAAUAUUACAGAAGCUGCAACUUUAACACGAACUGUACAACAAGAAAUGUCAUUAUUGGAUCAAAAUUAUAAUGAAAAUAUCAAUCGUCGUUCAAUAGUUUUUUCUUCAACACAUUAUCCAUCAUCGAAAACUUCUAUUGCUACUGAUGGAACACCACCAACACAACAUUCAUUAAAAACAUUUGAUUAUUUAACUUAUUUAACAAUUAUUGAAAAUAGUCAAACAUUAAUUCAAUCAACAUAUCUUAUUUUAUUUAUUUAUUUAUUUGUUCAUAUACCUUAUUGGAUUGAUGAAUUAUCAUAUAUACAAUUAUCAUAUCAAUUUAAAGAUAUUUAUCUUUUAUGUCAUAUACUUAAACCAUUUUGUUAUGUAUCAACGAAUGAAAAAUAUCGUUAUCAUAUAUUAGCAACAAUACAAUGUAAAACAUUUCGUAUAUUACCAACUAUUUUACGACGUAAAUCACGUGUUGUUACAUUAAAUGAUGAUAAUACUAAUUUGAAUACUCAUAAUAAUUAA